AUGAUUUCGAUGCAAUCACUCUUUCUUUUUGGGAUCGACAAGACAGGCAACAAGAUCAUAUGUGCACUCGUUAGCGUUCUUCUUCACUUCACUGCGCUGAAUACAUUCACCUGGAUGUUUGGUGAGGCGGUAUACUUGCUUUUCAAAGUUUCCACAUCAGCCCCCAACCAACACAACCGACUUCGAAAUUACAUGGCAGUGUGCUAUGGUGUUCCCCUUAUCAUCGUUGUCAUUUCUUCGGCUGGAUUCACAUCCGAAUACAAUGAUGGUAACAGUUGUUGGCUUGGUCAAGAAAGAGGAAUGAUAUGGGCAUUUGUAGCACCAGCAUUAUGCAUUGCUAUGGGUAACACUGGAAUAAUGUGCAUUGUUGUGAGAAUAAUCUACAAACGAGCAGGUAAUAUGGUAGGAAAACCAGCGGCAGCAAGGAACAAGUUUAAGCAAUUGAGAAAAGCUACUCGUGGUACAUUAAUGCUGCUACCAAUAAUGGGUAGCGCGUGGAUCAUUGGACCGUUUGCUGUCAGUUCGGAUACUGAAUUCCUUGAUUACGUAUUCAACUUGUUAAACGGCUCGCAGGGGAUCUUUAUAUUCCUUAUCUACUGCGUCUUUGAUAAUGAGACAAAUGAGUGUUUUAAAAAACGAUUCAAGAAAAUCGAAGUAACCACAGGGACGGAAAUGACGCAAAACCAGUGA